AUGCUCUUGAGUAUCCAGAGGAAGGCUUGGCUGCGGAUAUCGAGUGGCUACAGAACAAUGUCCACUAUGGCCGCUCAAGUAAUAGCUGGAAUACCCCCAGUCACUCUACUCAUAGAGGAAAGGCUCCGCCUGUAUAGCAGGGAUGAUGCUAAGCUUCGUACUACCAGGUUGCUGGAAAGAAGCACAACUUUGGAGAAAUGGCAGCGUGUGUGA